GGGGUUUUCCUUGUCUUGGACUGGAGACCAUCAUGCAGAGAGGCGCACGAUAACAGCAUCCACUGCUGUUAUUCAGCAGCCUUCAUCUCAAUGAACUGCUCGCACAGAAGCCACUGAUCGUGCCUACUGCUUUUUGCAGGGCAGAGAUACAGAUCAGUGUAUCUUCUCCCUGCACCUUUUUUUUUUUAACAAGAAAAAUUCUUAUUUUUCACAGGCUCUCUCUUUUUUUUUAACUUCAAGGCAAACAAGCCUGUGUCUCUCUUUUCCACCAUGGUGCUAGGAAAGGUGAAGAGCUUCACAGUGAGCUACGACUGUCACCAUGACAGCAACGUCCCCGUCUUCUCCAGCGGGGACUGCGUCUCAGGAAGAGUGACCAUCGAAGUCACGGGAGAAAUUCGCGUCAAGUCUCUGAAAAUCCACGCGAAGGGCUUCGCCAAAGUUCGCUGGACUGAGUCUAGGAACGCUGGCUCCAACACUGCCUACACGCAGAAUUACACAGAAGAAGUGGAAUAUCUGAAUCACAAAGACAUCUUAAUUGGACAUGAGAGAGACGAUGACAAUUCUGAGGAAGGACUCACCACUAUCCAUUCAGGAAGACAUGAGUAUGCAUUCAGCCUGGAGCUUCCACAGACACCUCUGGCUACCUCUUUCGAAGGGAAGCAUGGCAGUGUACGCUACUGGGUGAAGGCAGAACUUCACAGACCAUGGCUCCUGCCAAUGAAGACCAAGAAGGAAUUUACAGUCUUUGAGCACAUUGACAUCAACACUCCACUAUUGCUGUCACCACAGGCCGGCACAAAGGACAAGACGCUUUGCUGUUGGUUCUGUACCUCAGGUCCUAUUUCCCUAAGUGCCAAAAUCGAGAGGAAGGGAUACACCCCAGGAGAGUCGAUCCAGAUCUUUGCUGAGAUUGAAAAUUGCUCAUCCCGCAUUGUGGUGCCGAAGGCAGCCAUCUACCAGACCCAGACCUUCUACGCCAAAGGGAAGAUGAAGGAGGUCAAGCACCUGGUGGCAAACCUGCGAGGAGAGUCUUUGUCCUCGGGCAAAACGGAAACCUGGAGUGGCAAGAUGCUCAAGAUCCCACCAGUGUCGCCUUCCAUCCUGGACUGCAGCAUCAUCAGAGUGGAGUAUUCACUCAUGGUAUACGUGGACAUACCUGGGGCAAUUAAUCUGUCCCUGAACCUGCCCCUGGUCAUCGGAACCAUCCCUCUCCAUCCGUUUGGUUCUCGUACCUCCAGCGUCAGCAGCCAGUGCAGCAUGAGCUGGCUGGGAAUGGGUCUGCCUGAGAGACCAGAAGCUCCUCCAAGCUAUGCAGAAAUCGUCACAGAAGAACAGAGACAGAGUGUUGCAGAUGUUCCAGCAGCCCGUGAGGAGCUGGAUGGACCUCUCUUCGCCUAUAUUCACGAGUUCCGCUUCCAGCCACCUCCCCUGUACUCUGAGAUUGAUCCGAAUCCAGAUCAUGCCAGGCGUACAGAGGAGCGCAGGCUCGACGCUUGUCCAUCACGCUGAAGGGAAUCCCUGAAAUUCCCCCUGACUGAUUUUUGAGGAACUCACGGGAACCUUUUUUGCGAGGCUCAAGCUUUGUUUAGUCAUCUCCAACAAUGGCGUUCAUGCUACGCUGUUGACACGCGGAGAAAAAAAAAAACAAAGUCUCCAACCAACCAUCGAAAUCAUGGACAAAUCACCACAGUUGAGUUGAGUUGGGUUGGACAGGAUCUGUUGCUGCCCUCCCUCAGUGACAGAAACAGGAGAUACACGUUUGGGGUAUCACUUUCUUCCUGUGUUUGCCUGCUGAGGGCGGGGAUGUGUACAGAUGAACACAUUCAGUCUAUAUGACAAAGAAGAAAAAAACAACAACACACCCACUAGUAGCCAAAUCCCUGGUGAUGGUAUUGAUGAAGAGUCUCCAUGGCUCUCGGCCUGCCGUGUUUCUCGUUCACCCUUGAUUCUCCUGCACUCAUGGCACAUAACAGACUUGGUUCUUCACGCAAAGGGCAAGACGAAUCAUGUCCAGGCCGAAUCACCCACAGAAAAACGGGACAAAGUUCUAACCACCGCAGUCCGGAUGAAUGGGAGUUUUCAACGACGGCAGUCAUACCCAGAGCAAAGACAUGUCCUCCUGCCUCAUUUGGGAUUUUGUUUUGCACAUUUUAUUCUUUACUUGAGUUGUGUGGCACCGUUAAAUGACGAGAAUUUGAAAAAGAAAAAAGAAAAAAAAAAUCACUAAUAGUUUUGGUUUCAGCCUUGUAAUGCGUCAGAAUAUUGAAUAAGACUGCGGGCUUAACUUUUUAAGACUUUCUUCUGCAUAACUUUGAGCGUCACUGAGAACGGGAUUUCAUUUUUUAUUUUAUUUUUUGGACGUAAAAGGUCAAGAACAAUGCACUGAAUUUGUUUUAAGCCGUGGAAGAGUUUUCUUUUUCUCCUUAUGACAUUUCCUCAGUGACUUACAACAACAACAACAACAAGACUGGACUUUUACAGCCACUGCAGCACACUGUUUUCAUCUGGAAGCUCUUUUGAAAUGUCUCCUCUUCAGCUUGGAUCCAAGUGUGGCUUGCCUCCCCUGUUUUGUUUUGUUUUAUUUUAGUUUAGUUGUUAUUCUGUUGUUGUAUUUAGCUCCAAUCAUAGAAUAGCUUUUAGCUUUUUUUUGUGUUGUGGUUGCUCUGGGUUUGGACUAGGAGGGUUGCAGUCCUGCAUUUGCCGCUUAAAACUGUAGCCGACAAGACAAGCGUUUGUGAUCUUGCGUGUAAGAGAAGGCGAUGCAUUUGUGGAGCGACUCGCCUGCAGCUCCUCUACUCCUAAUCUCAGGGCAAGCCGGGUUUGCAUAACUGCCCAAAAAGCACUGUCUCAGGUGGUUUUUCUCAUUUGCCAAACGGUUGGGGAAAAAAGAGAAAAAACAAACCAUUAGGGUUUCUUUUAAGUUGCACUGUUUAAAAAUAAUGACGAGCUCUUUUCUUUUUUUAAAAAAAACUACCAAAACAAGAGAACAGACCUGUAGAGAAGCAAGGCAGCUUUCUGAGAUGAAUCACAUUCCCUUUUGUCCUGCUGCACUUGCCCAGUUCAGUCAACCAACACUAAGAUUUUUUUUACCAGACCAGUGAAACCAGAAUGCUAGUUCUAAAAAAAGAGAGAGAGAAAAAGAAAAGAGACGAAUGACACAGCUUCUGCAUUCAAGAAGCAAACCCAGCACAAAUGGAAAGCUGGGGGAUGGUGCUAAACCUCUGUUCAGACUGGUCUGAACAAGUAGUAGUAGGUUGAUAUGAGUAAUACAUUGGUUUUCUAACUCAUUCGACAAAACCGUCCGGCUGCAACAGAGGUUUGACAGAGUCGGGGGGAAAAAGAAAAGAAAAGCAGCACUUUUUUGAUAAGAAAACAAGAAAAAAAAACAUUCAUUGGUGAAGGUCUGGAGAAAAACCAAGUGUAGGACAUUAAAUGCAUUAUUUAAUCCUUUUUUUUUUAAAGUUUACAUUUAAAUGUAGGUGACACAAGUUUGUAUGUGUUGUGUGUGUGUGUGCAUGCUGUUAUGGAGAUCCAGCUGAUGACUAAAUACUCGGCUUCUGCCAGUAAUCGACGAACUGCGGUUAGUAAAGUGAUCUUAUCUUCGUGGCCUUGACACAGAACAGACCUGAUCAUGUCUACGUUAAAUCUUGUUCUCCCAGUUUUUUUUGCUUUUUUUUUGGUUAUGUUUAACACUUUUAAUGUUUUACACCUUUUUUUCCGUGUUUAUUCAAAAAGGACAAAAAGGGAAGAGGUAAAAAAAAAAAAUCUUUCGUGACAUCCUGGACAGGUUUCUCAAUCGUGUUCAUUUUCUGAUGCUGAUGACGGUUGACAGUUGUCUCCAUGUAUUUCUGGGCAUUAGUGUAAAGAAAUGUAGACCCCCACCCCCCCUCAGGCCUGGGGUAGGCAGCUGUUGACCAGUGCUCCCCACUGAAAAACCAUUUAGGUAACACGGGACAACAGACAAAAUGCUUCUUUUAUGGCAAACACACACACACACACACACACUCUGUCCUGUUUCUAUUUGUUUGGAUCGUAUCUUAGGGAAACUAAACCAAGCUGCACGGUAAUGAAUAAGCUUCACAUAUUCAGGUUGGUCGAUUCCAUAGUCCAUUCGCUUGGGCCUCAGAGUAGUCCAGUGUCAAAACUAAGCUAAAAACUCCUGAUCUGUUUAAAGACGGGAGCUGAAAUGUUCAGAGUUAAAACAACCCAGGAGAUGGGAUCUGAAACAUUUUAGAGACAAAGUGCAAUAUUUACUCACUGAAUUUUUCUUCAUUCUCCAUUUGUGUGUUUUUUUUUGUUUCAUGUCUUCUCUUUUUUUUUUGUCCUUUAAUUACGACAGUGUAUAGGUAUUCUAUGAAUAUGCUAUGUUCUGAAUGAUUUAACCUUUUGUCUAGUUCUUCCUUUUUUGAUUUGAAUAAACAUUUUUGUUUGAAAAUGA